AUGUUCAUUCACUACAACAUUGAGAAAUGCGUGAAUAUCUCAUGUCACAUCGGCAGUGUGGGAUGGACAUUUGCACCGUAUUUCUUCUUACGAAAAUUGAGGAAACAGCUGAACACAGGUAUUUUGGACACGAAUCUCAACCUAGACCUAAUCCGUUUCCGCUUUUUGGUCUCCAGUGGCGAUUUAAAUGUCAUAGAGACACGUGACGUUCUUGCCCGUUAUCUAGGAAAAUACGGAGCACCACCAAAUGUGAUAUCUGCAGCCUUUGGUAUGACAGAAACCUGUGUUGGAUCUAUCUAUAAUCUCGAUUGCCCGAGAUACGAUGUUCAGAAUACGCAGCAUUUCUGUUCUCUUAGCCGCUGCAUCUCAGGAAUAGAGAUGCGAGUUACAGUCACUCAGGCUGGCGAUGAAAGUGUCGAGGCCUCAGCAAACGAACUUGGCCUUCUUGAAGUUCGUGGACCUAACUUUAGGACGGGAGACCACGCCAGGAUUGAUCGAGCUGGAAUGCUCCAUCUGGUAGGGAGAAUAAACGAUACCAUGAACAUCAAUGGUGUUAACCAUCUCCCGAACGAGCUAGAGGCUGCCAUCGAAGAGUUUGAAAUUGAGGGUGUGACACCGAGUUACGCGAUAUGCUUUUCCUUCCGUCCACUUGGUGCGGAAUCAGAGAAAGUCGAAGUUGUGUACUUGCCCUUCUUUGGACCUCAAGAUGUCGAUCCUCGAAUUGCAGCUCGAGACGCCAUAAUUCAAGUCACAAUGUUACAAACUGGCUCUCGACCUUCAGUUCUGCCAUUGAACGAUAAUUUGCUGCAGAAAACGACACUUGGAAAACUCUCUCGCGCCAAAACCAGAAUUGCGUUUGAAUGUGGUGACUAUAAGCAAUGCCUGGACUUUGAUAAGAUGCAGAUCGAAAUAUGUAACUCAUCUCGUACGCAACAACCUUGUACUGAGAGCGAAUGCAUUAUUCAUGAAGUAUUUUGCGAGGAUCUAGAUCUCCACCCACAAUAG